AUGUGGCGACUGGUGGCAACCAUUAUCGGGCUGCUACUGGCAAUCUUACCGCUCUGGCCUGUCCAACACCACUUUGUCCUCUGGACAUGCAAGACUUACAAGUGCAUGAAACGAGGUGAAGAGUAUGCCGAAGAAAGAUCUGAAGCUCCGUUGAGCGCGGAAUUCCCAGCAACAAUCCCAUCAGGUACAAGUUCGACUACACAGAACAGCAGCAGCAGCAGCAGCGGCAGCAGCAGCGGCGGAAGCAGCAGCAGCAGCGGCCGUCCUAGCUCCCAAGUGAAGGAGGAUGUUACAACCUGCAAGCACGACCUGUCCGGCAGGCUCUACCGCAUGGCGCGCAACUAUAAGGACAACCCCGUCGCCAACGACGGGCUGUUGCUGUUCGACGCCUUUCUGCACGUGUCGAACAAGUUUGCAUACGUGAUGUUCCAGCCCUUUGGAGUUCCCCGUCCUGGCAGGAACUUCAUCAAAGGAGAGAAGGAAUUGGCCAUGGCGAUGAAUGUGACUUGGUCCUGCUUCUGGGUUUCGCCCGAGGACCCCACCCGUCUGCUGCACACGGCUACAGAUUCCCAGUGGCAAAACAGGACCUUCAAAGGCCAUGGCAACUAUUUUGGCUAUGACCUGCUCGUUGUGAAGUGUGACGCUGGGAUGCUUACCGCAAACGGCGUUUCGAGGCCGCUCAUGAUGAACGUCAGCGCUUCAAUGUCGAACAAUGUUCUGGCACAUUGGGAAAAGGUUCUGGUUUGUCACGAGCCACUUUCCCCCACCCCGAUCAAGUCCGUCGUCUGUACCGGCUGCUUGCGCGUCGGGAGAAACCCGCACUCCGGAGUUCAGUACAUAGCCAAGAGCAUGGACAAGCUCAUCAAGACCUGGGUGGAGUAUAGCCUCCGGAUAGGCUUCGACAUGGUGUUGAUGUAUUUUGAGGAUGAAGACCUGUCUGAGCUGGAGGGCAUGCUGCGGGAGUACAUCGACUCGCACCGGCUGGUCCUCGUCAGAUCUUUCUUCAAAGGCAUCACUGCGCAUGGCUGGAGCCCACUUCUGCUUAUUCAGGAGAACCACUGCCUCUGGAGGGCCAAGGGCUUUGCCAAGUACGUCGCGCACAACGACGUGGAUGAAUGGGUCGACCUGAGUCCGCAGUACCCGAACAUCAAUGCGUACAUGGAUCAGGCCCUCGGAGGCACUGACUAUGCUGCCAUCUCCAUCCCGGAGAAGCGCUGGCUCAUUCCGGGACCCAAAGCUUCCCGGGGCGGGUACAACUGGGACAUAUACCCCUGUGACGAAAUCUGCCGCGGCGGCGAGGGCGGGCGCAACAAGCUGCUCAUGGACACGGAGCGCGUGGAAGGUUAUCAGGUGCACAUAAUCAAGAAGCCAUGGCAGGAUGGGACGACCGUGAGGACUCCACCAGAUACCGAAAUUCGUCUGGUGCAUUAUCGGCUUGUGCAUCUAGCCACGGUCAGUGGCAUGAUAAAUUGCGGCGACAUCUUCCCGGGCACCAUGAUCAACUCGACCUAUGCAUCAUGGAUAAGGGAGAGGUGCCCCAGCAUCCUCCCGAAUCUCCCAAAUUAUACGGAGCCGCCGCCCUUCUGGCGCCGACGGCGGCAGCCUCGAAUGCUGCUGGGCCCCUGA